AUGGCGACAACCAAUGGCACCUUACCACUGCACGGGAAACCGCACACUUCUAUGGACAACUCGGGACAUGGACCGCUCCGAGUUCCUGGCUUCGCGAAUGUCCCUCUAGACUAUGAAAUCCCAAGCGAAGAUCGCUUUGCUCACGGCCACGAUGAGUGGUACCAGGUCCCUGGUGUCACGAUCCGCGAGCUGGCCAUGGUAGCUGCCAUGAACCUAAUCACGGACAAGCCCGACUGGCACAUUGGCAUUUCUGAUGAUGCCAUCGUCGAGCGUUGGCGCGUCGAGGCCGAAGCUGCAUACCCACGACUUGUGGGGGACGAAUGGCCGAGAGAGGUCGAAAAUCGCCUGCUUCUGACCCAGAAGGCUUGGGAAUGGUGCUUAAAGGAGCUACGCGACAAGGCCGACGGGUACGAGCACAAGCAAUUUGUUCGAGUUUUAGACGCUGGUUCUUGUGUGUGCAAAUCAGACACCAUCGUGCCGACCUCUUGUGCUAAUGAGCUCAAGGCUCAGUUGGCCCCGUUCUAUGAUCUUCCUUUGGGUGAGCGCUGA